AUGAAUUUAGACACGGGAAGCGCUCAUGCUUUUCCUUAUGGUCCUCAGCAACAGCAGACAUUAGCGAGAGGAAUUUCGUUAACAACACAGACAUUGCAGAAUCCUCCACCAAUCCUUCUUGAACUCGAGGAACUUGUUAAGCGACUUGCUGAUGUCACUCAACGUGAUGAUCUCAGACUUAAAGCUCUUCAGGAAAUAAGCAGCAAUUACGAGGAUCUUUCCAAUACACCAGUGUAUCAGCCACUUUCAGAAUGUUUGAUUAGAAUAUUUCUGAAAGUUUUUCAAGAUACUGCUCCUCAGUUUAUUGGUGAAAAUAAUACACAGCAAUUGCGUAAAUUAAUGCUAGAGAUGCUUUAUCGAAUGGGUUGUAGUGAAACUAUAAAAUCAUAUUUAAAAUUGCUGCAUACAUUAUUAUCAAAAGCAAUCAUAUCAGAAAAUGAAGAAAAUGCUAUCACAGCUAUUAAAGUAAUGUGCGAACAUCUGCGAGUACUUCGACCUGUUUUUACUUGUGAGGUCAUGAUGAUAAUCAAUCAUUUAAAAGCAGUUUACAUGGAUAUGGCCCAACAUAUUACAGUUUAUCGAAUGUUCGAACAACAAGGUGAACUUCGUCCUUGCAACACUAUUGCAGAUUUUAUUCCUGUAGUUGUAAAUUACAUCAAUUUAUCUAUACCAAACGAUCAACGAUCGUCUACGACAUUCAACACUACUUUAGCAGAAGACUUUUACACUUCUCAGAUUCGGGCAUUAACGUUUUUAAGUUAUAUAUCUCGUACUCCUUUGUUUAAUGCUAAUGAAAUAAUGUUUGUGAAUGGACCAGCAAUUGUGGAUGCUUGUUUCAUGUUAAUGAGAGAAUGUCCACCCGACGCUUUAUCUAUGCGACGGGAUAUUAUCUCAUCGCUGAAAAAUUUCUUUCAAGGUGAUAUGAGACUUAAAUUCGUUGCACAUGUACCAAAACUUCUUCUUGAUUCAUUGGUGCUCGGUACUGGAUAUACAGUGAAUGAUCAACUGAGGCAAACAGUUAUGCCAAUCCUUGCCGAUGUAAUCCAUAAUAUUCGUAUGCAUUUACCAUAUAGUGUGUUAAUCUCCUGUGCUCAUAAAUUUUCAAAAAUUGUCCUGGAUAUUACUUCAUUACCUUACACAAAAGCAAUGGCUUCGAGACUUAUGGUUAAUCUUGUUGAUGCUUUUACUAUGGCAGAAAGAAGUAAUUCUGAAAAUCCAUGCCGCGAUUUAUUUUUCGCAGUUCUCGAUACAUUCAGUCGAAAGCUGAAAAUCAUUGCGCAAUAUCAUAUUCCAUUAUUGAUACACAAAAAUGUUAAUACACUUAUUUGUUUCCGAUUGAAAGGUGAUCACAUUCCUCAGAAAAAAUGGGAAAUUCGCGAAUUUCUGUUGGCAGAAGAAAAAAAAGAUACUUCUGUUACUGAGAAAGAAUUAAAGAAAAUGUGUGAAGAUCUUGGAAUUGACGGAGAUCAGUUUAUUUUUUCUGCUGAAAAUUGUGAUCUACAACAAUGUGAUACUGUUCCAGAAAGACAGUCAAAAUGUCAGCUGAAUUCGUCGGUUAAAAUUGAAAAGAACGAAGCUCCAAAUGAAAUAAUGAAUCAUUACUGGGCUUAUGGAGCGAUACCAAUGAAUUACCAAGAUGCGAAGAAUUUAAUUAAAGUGUCUAUUAUGGGGUGUAAGCACAUUACCCAUGGAUUGCGAGAAACUCACGCCACUACAAAUACCAUCUCAGUGAAACAACAGGUUAAAAUUUAUGAUCGCAUCUUUCGCUAUGGUGUUCGAUGCCUUGGUAUUUAUGCGAUUACUAACAUCCCAUCUACUCCAUUUAAUUCUGCUACUUUUCAAAGAAUAGCAAACGGAACACGAUCUAAAGAAGAAAAAGAAGUAUUAGAUAUGUUUGGAUCAAUUUUUAGUUUAAUUGAGAUUGGAGUAUUCAAGGAAAUAAUGUCGAACAACAUAGAGUAUUUUGUGGAACAUAUUGCUCAUAAUUUCGCUCUUCAAAUGGUUUUCAAUUCAUUUUUUGUAAAUGCUUCUACAUCGGCUGCUUUUGGCAAUAUUGUGAUGAGUUAUUUAAUGGAUAGACUACCCGAUAUGGCAGGCAAGCCUGUUUUUCUCCUUUUUUUUCCAUAUUUGCAUGAAAUGGUGCAUAGAGCAAUGCAAUACGCUUUACGCGGUCGUGAGCCCAUCAAUUAUUUUUUACUUCUUCGAGCACUUUUCAGGUCUAUUGGUGGAGGUAGUUAUGAGCAACUUUACCAAUCAUUUUUGCCCCUUUUACCUUCUUUGCUACAGCAGUUAAAUAGAUUACAAAGUGGUAUUCAUCGCCGUCAGUUGCGCGAGUUAUUUGUGGAAUUGUGUUUAACCGUUCCAGUGAGACUUUCUUCAUUAUUACCUUAUAUGCCGCUUCUAAUGGAUCCUUUGGUUUAUGCUUCAAAUGGCUCUCCAACACUGAUACAGCAGGGGUUACGUACUCUCGAACUAUGUGUGGAUAAUCUAGCUCCAGAAUAUUUACAAGAACAUAUAGCUCCUGUUAAAGCCCAGUUAAUGCAUGGAUUGUGGAAAGCUCUUUCUUUAAAUGAUUCACUUAUACAAUUAUUCGCUUUGAGGAUAUUAGGAAAAUUUGGCGCUUCUAAUAGAAAUGUGAUGUGUGAACCUCAAGAAUUAAUUUACACCUGUGAAACGUCUUCUUGCAGACCAUCUUUUCAGUUGGUAUUUCAACGUAGUAUACCUACAGUGAUUGUUCCUGACGAGGAUUGUGGUUCCCCACUUUUUUGUGAGUUGCAUCUGGCUGAAAUCGUCAGUGCUUGUCUAGAGCAUUUGAGAUCUUUAAUAUACACCGAUAUGAAUUCGCCACUUGCCGUAUCCUCAUCGCUUCCUGUUCCACCUUUACCAUCAUCGCUUGCUAUUCGACGACACUCAUUUAAAAUUGUCAGAGGAAUCAUUCUUUGUGCUUUAUUACCGCUAAAUAAAGAAAUUCUUAUUAAUUCAACAAUAAAGCUGCAAAUUACAAAUCAUUUUAAGAAUUUCGGGAAAGAUAUAUACGAAGAGAAGCGCUUCUUAAAAGUUUAUAAGUGUAAAGAUGAGCAGUCACGCCAACUUCUCUUGAAUGCACUUACAGCUGUGUUUUUUGCAGAUGCAUACACCAGUCGUGAUCUCCAUAAUGAAACUACUCAGUUUUUCAAGUCGCUUAUACAGUUUUUGAUUCUUCAUACAUUUAUUGAGCCGGAUCCAAAUAUUUCUUUGGAAAAAAAUUCGUUGUCAUCGCCACUGGAUAGUGCUAUUUUGAUAGAUGCAAUUAUUGCUGGUUUGGCUGAUCCUACAAAGGAAAUAUGCCAUUAUGCCGUUGUGCUUUUUACUUUUAUGAAGGAAAUAGCUCUUGCUUCAUUGGGAGAUAUUGAAAAAGUAAAUCGAAUGCCCAUAUUUCAUUAUAUAAUUCAACAAGUCAUUAAACUGUGUUAUAAAGAAGCAUGGCAUAGUCGAUUGGGUGGUUGUACAGCAAUUAAAUAUCUUUGUAGCAGCUUUCCGAGAUCACUGAUUGUCGAAUAUAUUUCCGAUUUGUUAUCUGGGCUUUUCGAAGUGAUUGCUGCUCUCAGGGAUGAAGUAUCUAGUUCGGCUAUUGAUAUUGCGAUAUCUGCAGUAAAUAAACUUGUUCAAAUAUGCUGUGGUGAAAAUGUACUGGCAAGAAAAGAUGAAUUAAUUAAAGUUUUCGUUAUAGUAGCCAUUGAUAAUAUCCAAUCACCUUCCGAAGAUCUGAGAAACUUGUGCAAAUCGAUUUUAUCUGAUAUCGCAACACUAAAUGAGCUUUCUGUAUCAAAGCUUCUGGCAUCAAAAUUACCAGAUCUUGAAAUUUUAUUUCAAACGGGCAUGAAAAAAUUUCAACAAAUGUCUCUUUUCGAUCAAAUAGCGUUUUUGGAUGUAUUUGCUUAUAUUUAUUCAUUAAAUCCGUUGAUUCUCUUCUUUACGAUUGAUGGUGUAGUUGAAUCUGAAUUCGUUGAAGAAUUAAAUGUAAUAUGCAAUGGUGAAGAUUCUGUUUUGCUCGAGAAAUCGAAUUAUCACAUUUGUAAGAUGGAUCCUUUUCUUUUUUGUGCAGGGAAGAAAAUUGAUCUCAACGAAUUGCGUUUUGUUGCUCUAAGAGCUACCAUCGCUUGUUACAUUUCCUCCCGCUUACCUAGCAAACAACAAGAUUGCGAUAAUAAAAAGUAUCAAGGUGAAAAGUGCGAGGCAACUGGCGAUCUUUCUUCUCUUGAUGAGUCGACUUUUUUUGAGAGACACGAUAGAUUGCUCAUCAUUGCGUUAAAAUGCUUGACUAAUGGGAAUCAGCAAAUGCAAGAAGCAGCUUUUCUUGAGCUUCAGAAGUCGGCUGCAAGAGUGCCUUUGAAGUUGGAACUCUUGAAAUCUGAAAUACGUCCUAUGUUAAUGGCUCUUCAGUCACAACGUGCUACCAAUAGUAUUGUUCGUCGGUUACUUUAUCUUGUUCGAUUAACGCCAUAUACUUUUAAUAGUAUGUUCGCCGACCAAUUAUUGACACAUUUUCGUCAGUGGAUCGAUUUGACUCUAUCAGCAGUGACACAAGAUGAUUUGCAAACGGGAAAAAUGCUUUUAGAAAUGCUUAGUAUUCUAACGACCGACGAUGUCCGUUUUAUCGAAGUUGUUAUACCUUUGGUUGCGAAAUGGGAAGCUGCUAUUGUAUUUAGCGAAAAUGAAAAUUGGCGAUAUCCCCUUUUAAAAUUCUUGAUCAAAUGUCCUCUGGAAUCCAUUCGCUUCUUCGUUUCAUCUGAAGGUGUGUCAAAUGAAGGCAUCCGGGAACUCUUUAAGUUCAUGAUAAAACACAAAGAGGGAGAAAGUUUGCGCAAAAUUUUGAUUACUGAUACGAAUUAUUUAACUCGGCUACUUGAUGGUGAAGUUAUGUUCCACGCAAACCAGUGGUUGAAGAGUUCGGUAGGUUUACGUUAUAUGGAAUAUCUAGCAUUGCAACUCAUUUGGUUUAUUGUUAAAACGCAUAAAGAUUGGCUAAAUAAUGAUGCUGAAGCUUUAAUUAAGAAGGUUCAGAAUUUAUGGAAUGAUAACGAUUUUCGAUUACGAUAUUCUGAUAAGGAAUACAUGGAUGAACCACGUUAUGCAGUUCCAAAGCUUGUUGUCUCUAUAUUGCUGCAGUACUUUAGAUCCAAUAUAGAUGAUAUUGAUAUUUUAUUCGACUUAUGUUUCGUAUUUGCUAAAGAUUUUGCCUCCGAUUUCUCUUUCGUUCGUUUAUAUAUUGAACAAGAAAAUUUCUCAAUCUCUUGGCGGCAACGAGCACUAAAACUAAUUGUGAAAAAAUUUGUUCAAAAUCCAUUAACUGCGGAAGAUGAUAACGUUGUUCGGAUGCUGCAAUAUGUUGUCAUUCCUUCUCUUCACUAUGCUUUACAGCGAUGCGAUGUUGAUGAAGUGGUAGGUGCUCCUCCUAAUCCAGAUGUUGUAGACGAGAAUAGUCUUGUUUCACUUGUAUGCGAAAAUAUUAUGAAUAAACCUGAAUACCGAUUCAGCGAUGCUAUGAUGAUCACUUUAUACCAUCUUGGAUGUCUUUUUGUGAGCAACUGUCCAACUCACAUCCACGAUGUUGCCCACAACAAAAAACAAAGUAAUCGCCUUCGUAUUCUGAUGGUACUUGGUUGGCCCUGUCUUCAGCCCCACACGCAAGAUUUGACCAGAAAAUAUAUGGGCCAUCUUCUAGUCGUGCAUAUUAUUAAUAAAUAUAGCAUUAAUCGAAAAAUUGUUUUACGAGUAUUCCAUAUUCUGCUGAAAGCGCAUUUCUCUGAUCCGAGAGAAAUUGUCAAAAAAUGUUUGGACAUUUUAAUUCCAUCAAUACCUCUGCGGAUGGAUGACGGUCAUGCGCAAAUGGUAUCACUCAUUAAGAAAACUAUUAUAGAAGAAGGAAAUAGCGCUCCUCAAUUGCUACAUUGCAUUUCAACUGUGGUUCGGCAAUAUUUAGUAUUCUAUCCAGUACGACAUCAACUCAUACACAUUAUAAUAAAUUCCCUUCAUCGAUUGAUGAUGUUACAAAGCGGUUUAGAUAGUCGUCGGGUCGCACUGGAUGUUUGCGAGAUGGUUAUUAAGUGGGAACAAUAUAGAAUAUCGCAAACUUCGGCAAAUAUGGCUACAGCAUCUGGUGAAGUAAUAUUAGAGGAACAAUCAUCUGCUCAGAAAACAUCUGCUCUUGAAGUUGAAGAAAAUAAAAGCUUGGGGAGCACACAAGUGGUGGGUCAAGUGUAUGCUACAGGGCAAGAUACCAGUAUAAGUGGUUUAUCAAAGGUGUCGUUUGAACAACAACCACCACAAGCGUUAUUACAUUCGAUUUUGCCACAGAAUGGCAUUUCUGACCUCCAUCAACCAAUUAGUAAGAUGUGUUCUGAUCAAGUUAUUGGUAUGCUUUUGAAAAUGGCUGCAUCUGUUCCCGACACUGCUGUUAAUCAACAGGCAAUAUUGUUAGAGCAGUUGACUAAACGCAGUCUUUCCUUGCUGAAAACGUGUCUUCAGCCCACCAUAUGGGGUUUGUCUAUGUCAUUGAAAGCGCAUUGGAUUGAAAAACAACUUUCAUCAAUUGUGGAUACAUCAUCUCAGCAGUUUCGGGAACCAUCUAGUCAACAACUUCAGCAAAUUCAGGGUACUCUUGACAUGCUUACUCAAGUUGUGACUUUCCUUCCUCAGGAAACUGUGGCUCGAAAUAUACAGAUGGUUCAACGUGGUAUUAUACCUUGUCUUAAUUGUCAACUAAAUCCCGUGAUGCGAAGCCUUUACCAGUUAAUUGAUAAAUUAUUUGAACGAACCAAGAGUUCACCAGAAGGCUUGGAUGAAUUGGAUAAUAUCAAUCAAUAUAUUAUCAAAUUUAUAAAUGAUUCAUUUACUAACUAUGAAAAAGGACUGUCGCAUCAAAGUUUUCAAGGCGUAUUUGGAACGAUUCAUCUGUUACGAACUAUUUGCACCAGACAACCUGCCUAUAUUGACACAACAUGUUUGAGUUCGUUCACAAAAGCCGUUCAGAGAAUCGUGCGUGAAUAUAUAACAACAAGCAGUGUAGGGGAGAAUAAAGGACUGGCCGUGGGCGAAUUAAUUAUUUAUUCACUUGAUAUUUUACGACCGAGGAUUCAUGCAGUCAGCGUUGAAGCACGAAGAACUAUUAGCCAAUAUAUACUUCAGCCACUUAUCGAUAAAAUAGUUUUCGAUCGUAUUCUUGAAUCUGUCAUUAAAAUUGUUGAUGAAAUGGUCAGAUCUGGUGAUAAUAAACAGCCAAAUCAUGGAGUUCCCUUGCUGAUUCGAUUAGUGCAAUAUUUCGAUUCCAAUAAAAAACAAGAAAAAUGUCAAGAAAUGCUUUUAAUAUUGCUUGGCACUGUUCUGCAUGUUUAUGAAACGCCUCACUUACGGACACCUGAAACUGUUGCCAAAUUAAACACGGCUUAUUAUUGGGGUUUAUCGAUUAAUGAUGAAUAUUUACGGCAACGCUUUUUCAAACUUUUUAAUUCGCAAGUGCCCAAAAAAGUUUACGAAAGAUUAUAUCAUAUUUUGGCCUUAGAAAAUUGGGAAUAUAUGCAAAGCAACUUUUGGAUAAAACAUUGCAUUAAUUUGAUGCUUGCUUCUAUCAUUGAGGAAAGUCCAACUUGGCAAAUACCGUGGCGUGCCAAUCUUCUCAAUUCUGCGAAGUUUUUGAUACCAGCUGAUUUGAGGCUGAAAACUACAGAAUUUCAGCGGAACACAUUUGAAAAUGAACAAAUGGAUAUGGGCGAACCUGUUGUUACGCAUAGCUUUGGUUCAAUUGUCGAUGAUAUAUUUGAGUUAUUCGUUCAAGCUUCUGAUUUUUGUGUCGCUGAGAUUCUUCCAAAUCUUAUCGAACUCAUUUAUAACGAUGACGAUCUUGCCUCCAAAGUUUGGUCCAAUUUAUUUCCAUCGCUGUGGUCAAAUCUGAGAGUAGCCGAAAGUGCCAGUCUUCAAGCGGAAAUAACACCAUUUCUUGUCUCUGCUGUCCAUUUGCCUCAUAAAGAUCUUCCUAAAUCAGCAUAUAUUGGUCAAACACAUCGCCAGUGGUAUCAAGUAAUUUUAUUGCUCGAAAAACGUCUAUCGUCUAUUCCGGUCAUGCUUAACAAUGAAGCACUGUUCGAUUUAUUCCCAUCUGAUGAAAUGUGUGAAGUAGUCGACGUUUUGUUUAACUUGCAACUGUUGUAUUCUAUGGUAUCGGAACGUGAUCAAUACAUUGCUAUAAUAGCUCGUAGAGCACGAUAUAUAGAGACCGUCAAAGCAAUAAAAUUAUUCAAUCAAGAUAAAUUCGAAGAAACAGUCGAUAUUUUAGGGCAGUUAAUCGACAAAACGCUUCAACAAAUAAAUUCUUCUCAAGAUUCGCGUGACAGGCCUACUCCUAAUUUUUAUCUUGAAUUAAAUGAAUGGCGAAAUUUGUGGAUCGAGUCAACACGUGAAUUAAAUCAUUGGGAUGAACUCUUUACUUAUGCGAAUAGUACUCAGAAUUUGCCUCUUCUCAGUGAAGCUUGCUGGCAUUUACCAAGUUGGACAAAUGCGAAAGAAUGUUUAUCACAGUUGGAAGGGUCAUCAUCGCCUUCAAAUUAUUAUAAGAUCCUUUUCCAGAAAACGAUUUUCACUUUAUAUACACCAGUAAAAGAUGAAGAAAUGAUCGUUUCUAAAAUGGCAGAAAAUUUAUUAAAUGCAGCAAACGAAGAGCUGAUUAAAGAAUGGGCAAGACUCCCCAGUUUUAUUUCAUCAAGUCAUGUCCAUAUUUUACAGGCUAUCCAGAUGUCUCAGGAAAUUCGAGAAGCGACCGUUACGUACAAACAACUCGUUGAGGAUAAGAAUAAAAUCUCGGAAAGCGCUUGGAUGAGUAGCGUUCUCAACUAUUUACGAUCAGUUUUAAAAACGUGGAGGUUUUUAUUUUAUGAUUUUUUAAUUAUACUUUGA